CUCUACAGAGACCUCUACAGCACUGAGAUCCAGACAUGGCACCUACAAUCACUGCAGCAAUGACCAACUCUCAGGAGCCUCACACGCUGACCCACAAGCUCAGAAAGCCUCUGGUGGAGAAGGUACGCAGAGAGCGAAUCAACAGCAGCAUUGAGCAGAUCAAGUCUCUCCUGGGUGCAGAGUUCCUCCAACAGCAGCCAGACUCCAAGCUGGAGAAAGCAGACAUCCUGGAGAUGACAGUUUGUGUCCUGAGACAACUGCAGCAGCAGAAUGAGAAGCAGAGGAGACUGCUGAACCACGUCAACAAGAUGCAGUCUUCCUCUGAUAAGAACCUGAGAGAGGCUGACUUCUCUCUGCUGAGCUCCACAGUCCAGACCAGCAUCUCCAAAGAGAAGAGUCCAGUCAACAGCGAUCCCUGGAGGCCGUGGUAGAGCCCUCCAGACUGGAGUUACUACCAGACAAACUGAGAUGACCAUAUUGGUCAGAGAUUACUGGAAGUGAAUUUUUCUGAAUUCUGAAAUGUUAUGCACUUGUUCUUCUGUUUGUACAGAAGGUUGUUUUUGUUUGUUUUACUAAUGAAAGAUGAUAUUUCCUGAGGAAAUGACAACAACUAUAUCUUUCAAUUUACGAAAGAGAACAUAUUGUCAUGCAUGUGGCAUGAACCAAAUCCGAUUGCCUUCGCAGUUAUUACUGAACCUCACUUUACUUUAUUGUUGGUAGAAUACAGUACUAUGGUUACCUUUGUAAUCUUGAUCAUUUUUUAUCAGAAAUGCUUAACUGUUCUUUUUAUGGACCAGAUCAACAAGAUUUUUUGAAGUGUUGGACUUCUGAUUUUUAAAAACUGAUCUGAAUUAGAUCAAAAUGUUUAUCCUUUUUUCUGAAAGGUUUGCUUAAUGUCAAACUGUCACAAUUUUCCAGUGACUGUCAUGUUGUUGUCUUUAUUGAACAUUCAUGUAUUUAGCAGUAAUGAACCUGCUUUCACCACACUGUGAUAAAAAUAGUCUGACCUUUUUAAAGGUCAGUCUUUACUGUUUUGCUUUUAUUUAUGAAGAGCAAGUUAUUGUUUUUGUUUUAAAAUAACAGUUUCUAA